GCCACGCCAGCCCUGUCCCGCCUGCAGCUGGCGCGGCCUCCCCAGUCUGCCCCCGACCUACGUCCCUGCAGGCCCCGCUCUCCGCCCCGCGCAGCCUGGCGGCCCCGGCGACCCCCCGCGCGCGCCAUGCCGGCCCUGCUGCUGCUGCUCGCGACGCUGGUGCUGCUAGGCUCGGCCGCCGGCCCGGUCCGGGCGCAUCCGCCCAACGCCACGCGCGCCGCGCCCCCGGGCCCGCUGCCCGCGCUGCUCGCGCACCUGCGGCGCCUGACCGGGGCGCUAGCCGGCGGUGGGGACGCGGGCGGCGCGGGCGCCAACGGCACCAGGACGGGGCCCGCGGGCGGCCCGGGCGCCGCUGCGCGCGCCCCCCCGCCGGCCGAGCUGUGCCACGGCUACUACGACGUCAUGGGCCAGUACGACGCUACCUUCAACUGCAGCACCGGCAACUACCGCUUCUGCUGCGGCACGUGCCACUACCGCUUCUGCUGCGAGCACCGCCAUAUGCGCCUGGCGCAGGCGUCCUGCUCCAACUACGACACGCCGCGCUGGGCCACCACGCCGCCGCCGCUGGCCGGGGGUGCGGGGGGCUCGGGGGCCGCGGGCGGAGGCCUGGGGCCCGGCCAGGCCGGGUGGCUGGAGGGCGGCCGCGCGGGGGGGCCUGGAGGGCGCGGGGGCGAGGGCCCCGGGGGCAGCACGGCCUACGUGGUGUGCGGGGUCAUCAGCUUCGCCCUGGCCGUGGGCGUUGGCGCCAAGGUGGCCUUCAGCAAGGCGUCGCGCGCGCCCAGGGCGCACCAGGAGAUCAACGUGCCCAGGGCUCUGGUGGAUAUUCUGAGGCACCAGGGCGGGCCUGGGACCCGCCAGGACAGAGCCCGAAGCAGCUCCCUGACCCCGGGGAUCGGGGGUUCCGACAGCAUGGGCCCCAGGACGCCCAAGAACCUCUACAACACCAUGAAGCCAUCCAACCUCGAUAACCUGCACCACAACUACCUGCACCUCAACAUCAGCAGUCCCACGCACCACGCUGUCAGGCUGGACUGGCGCCCGGUGCCCCCGCCCAGCCCCCCACUGCACUACUCCACGCUGUCCUGCUCCCGGUCCUUCCACAACCUCUCACACCUGCCCCCCUCGUACGAGGUGGCCGUGAAGUCGGAGCUGAACCGGUAUUCCUCCCUCAAGAGGCUGGCCGAAAAGGACUUGGACGACGUGUACCUGAAGCGGCGGCCGCUGGCCGAAGGACCCCGCGGGACGCUGCCACUGCACGCGCUGCGGCGCCCGGGCACCGGGGGCGGCUACCGCGCCGACGGCUGGGGCGGCCCUGAGCCGCUGAGCCUGGCGCCCGCCCCGCACCCGCGCCGCGUGAUGUCGCAGGAGCACCUGCUGGGCGACGGCGGCCGCUCGCGCCACGAGUUCACGCUGCCGCGCGCGCGCCUGGUGUCGCAGGAGCACCUGCUGCUGUCGUCGCCCGAGGCCCUGCGCCAGAGCCGGGAGCACCUGCUGUCGCCGCCGCGCAGUCCCGCGCUGCCCCCCGACCGCGCCGGCCUGGCCGCCUCUCACUCCAACCUGCUGCUGGGGCCCGCGGGGCCGCCCACGCCGCUGCACGCCCUGCCCCCCGCCGGCCUGCACGCGCCUCUGCACCACCACGCGCUGCACGGCUCCCCGCAGCCCGCCUGGGCCGCCGAGGGCGGGGGGACGCUGGCGCGGCGCGCGCCCUUCCAGCGCCAGGGCACCCUGGAGCAGCUGCAGUUCAUCCCGGGCCACCACCUGCCGCAGCACCUGCGCACUGCCAGCAAGAACGAGGUGACCGUGUGACCCCUCCCUCCGGACGGCGCCGCCCUGUGGUGUCACUGCAGGAAGGACGCCGCCUUCCCACGGGGCCCUUGAACCAGCCGCCGCCGAGGGCAUCACUAGUGCUGCGUCCCCUUCCCGUGGCACCCACCACGAAGACCCCUUCCUGUGGUGUCACCGAGGACAACGCCUUACCCCGUGACAUGGCCCCGAGAGACAAAGCUCACUUCCUCCAGUGUCACCUCACUGGCGAGUCUUGGGCUCCGAGGUCACCUCUGCCCCAAGAUCUCUGUGCGCCAUCCUCGCAAGGAAGCGGUUUCUUCCUGUGUCCGCUGCGGAGAUGAUGUUUCCACCCAGCACUGUCCCUGCCCCAGUCAAAGCCAUCCCGGGACACGUCGAGGGGGGAUGCCCCACACUGUCCUCAGCCAUGAUGUGGCCUCCUUUCCACACACUGUCACGGACUCCAUCUCUCCUCCCCUGUGAUGCCAUCGCCAGAGAAGGUGCCUCGCCCUGUGACACCAUCAGAGGGACUGUGCGUCCUCCUGGGAUGUCAUCUCCAGAGGUGACAGCCUGCCUCCCUUCCGUGAGGUCUCUGCCAGAUGCUCCCCCUUGGAGGUGACAGCAGCAGACACCCUGCCUCUGCUGUGCUCUGUUCUGAGGAGGGUGUGUUGUGCCCAGGGUGGACGCCAGUGAAGGUGCUGUCCUGAGAUGUCCCCUGGCAGGUGCCAGCACCCCAGAGGCACCCUGGCAGCAGAGCCUCCCCCAGGUGAUGGCUGGUGUGUAGAUGAGUGGCGGAGAUGUCACCACUGAGUGUCCUCGUCAGGCAGUGCCCAGAGCUCCUGCCUCCUCCCACUCUGACCUGGCUUGGUGGCUCCUGCAGAACAGGGACCUGACUGGCAGGGUCUCUCUACCAGGCCCUCUAAAAGGAGGCUGAGCCCCAGGCCUGGCCGAGUGCAGGGCUCCUCGAGGACAGUGCCCACCAUUGGCCCCGGCUCCCAGGAGGACAUUCUGACCCACUGGGCUCCUGAAGGCCUAGAACUUCUGGGUGGACCAAAGGCUGGUGUCACUUCUUUCUGCCAUACUUGGAGGCACCAUCAACUCUGCCAACAAAGUCCUAGCCUCCCGCUGGAGAGGGCUGGAGGUGCCUGCUCUUCUGCCACGCAACGUCUUCCACUGGUGAUGGUGUAGCACUUGGGGUUCCGUGUUGACCAUGUCCUUUCCCGGGAUUCCCUGUGACCCAUCUCGGUUAGGGCCCCACCUCUUCCACCUCUUCCAGGGUUUCCCAUGACUAACUGUCACACCAACCACAGUUCUUCACAGCCAUGGGAGCCAUGGCGCCAACUGUGUCUUCAGCCCCUAGGACCCACUCCCACCAGUGUCUUCAUGUCCCAGGGUGUGUGGGGGCCAAUGGUGUCAUCACCUCCACGAUACUGAUACCGUCACCGUCACCUGCAGACACCCACGGAGCCAUGGUGUCAUGACCUCCCCAGAUCCAUGUCAGCUCCAUGGCAUCACAUCCUGGGGCUCCUGAGAGGGGGAACUGCCUCCGAGGACCCACACAGCCAUGACACAUUGCUUCCCAGGACCCAACAAGCCAGGGUCAUCCCCUCCAGGAGGCGUAAGAACCGAAGGUGACUGUCCCCCCAUUCCACCGGUGUCUCCAUGUCCCAGGAGGCCUGAGGCCCAGUGCUGUCACUGCCACUCAGAGUCCAUCUCAGCCAUGGUGCCAUCACCUCCCAGAGUCCCUGAGAAUCACGUCAGCAGCAGCUAGGAUCCAGCAUGACCGUUGUGCCAGCACCUCCCCUCAUCCACGUCAUCAGCUCCCGAGCUCCAUGACCAUGGUGUCACCACCCCGGGAUCCGUGACAACCAGAAGUGUUAUUUCCCAGAGUCCUUUUCAACCGUGGCAUCAUCACCUCCCAGAGCCAUGACACCCAACGUGUCACCAUCGACCAGGAGACACUCCGACCGUGUGCGGUCACCUUGCAGAGCCCCCAGCUUAGGGCCAGACACCACAAUGAGCUGUUUAAUUGUCCUCCAGGGUGGCAUGGCAUUCAUAGUUCCCUUCAGGGAACCAGCACAACGUGCCACCCCCAUUCCUGAUGGACGUGGGUGGAGCCACCGCCCCAGGUCAUGACCCCACUCUGGCUCCUCCAGACCGUGUCACUGCCUCGCUCUCCACCCAGAUCGGGCCCCAGACUUGGCCUUGGCCAGCCUCCCUCUAAGCCCUGGUGAGGGCAUGCGGGCCCUCCUGGCCCCGGCCCUGCCCUCACCCGCCAUUGCCAUCGGAUUGGUGACAGGGUUAACCGCAGCCUCCCACCAUUGCUCAGGUGGGGUUUCUGGGCCCUUGGAAGGCGCCACUGCCCCCACACCAGGGUCAGUAGUCACAGUCUGGUGCCACGCCUGCUCUGGAGCUCUGGCCAGCAGCUGCAGCAGCUCAGAGCUGCCCCGAGGCCCAGCUGGGGGCAAGCCCGAGGACAGCAGCUGCCAGGCCCUCGGGUGCUCCCCACCCUGCCCCAAGUCUGUCCCCUGCUCUGUACAUAGCCAUGUUGCGGGGUGGCGCUCCCCACUCUUAAAGGGCUACACCCCUCCCUCCCCCAGACCCAGGAUGAGGUGGAGGCCUGCCUCCUUAGGACUCCCCCAGUUGCUGGCCUCUGGGGUCACCCAUGUCAGGAGCCCCAGGCAGGUACCAACCCCAGCUGCCAUAUCCCAGAAGGAUGGGGGUCACCAUCUGCCAGGCCUUGGCCAGUUGUGCACCCCACCCCAAAACAUGCUCAGGCAGACUGGGCCGCCCUAGAGAGGAGCUAGCCAGCCCUGCCCCAGCUCAGCGCCCCACGGGACUCAGCUUUCCGCAGCCUGGAUGUGGGGUUCAGGCGUGCACCCCUCCACCUGCUCUGCUCUGCUUGGACUCAGAACCCAGCCCUUGCUUACUUGGCACGGGUCUGCCAGGUGCCCUGACCUCUCACCUCAAAGAAGCCAUAGUGGGGAGAGAUCUCCGGGAUGUGGCAUCCCUGAGCUGGGACCUGGCCGCCCACCGUGUGCUCCCUGGCCCCCCUGCAAACGCACAGAGAGCCCGAGGCUUUGGCAGUGGCGGGUGGGCAGCACUGGCCAGGGACCCUGGAGGGCUGUGGCGAAGCGCAGGGGCAGCCUCACUCUGCCCUUCCUUGUUCCCAUGACACUCUGCCUCGCUGGCUCUGCCUCACUGCUGCUCAGGCCCGGCAGGAGCUUCCACUUGGUAUUUUUUUUGAAUAAACAUAUGUUUUCCUGA